AUGGAAUCCAUGAUGGGAUUAUUUGUCUUGAUUCAGGACCAAGUUGACCUUUUCAGACCGCCAGCUACGAGCUCAUAUUCAAGAUCUCUGUGGGUCCCUCGUGGAAGUCCUUCCAGGGGACAGAGUGCAACUCGUGCACAGCAGCGCGAAAUCAAAUUGGCAGUAAUGUGUCUACGCUACCUACUUUUCCAAUGCUUUGACCCGACUACACCUGACAAUCAAAUCCACCACUAUGUCAACGAAGGUUAUUAUGCAUUCCAAGAAUAUGCAAUUGUGUAUUGGGUUGAUCAUCUAGAGUCUCUGAUUGAGCAAUUAUCACCAUCGGACCUUGAAAACUCAGAACAAUGCGACCUUGGAUCCGCCAUUGCGGAAUUUUACGAGAUUUUUGGAGUGCAAAGCACAAAAAGGUCGGAUGUCCCCUCCUUCUUAGAAGAUCGAUGCACUCAUCUUGUUGGGUCCGACCAACUAGACUCACUACUUUUUCUGCUGAGCCAUACUAGAAAAGUUCGGGCCGCUCAAGAUGAACUUACAGAGCCAAAGGAGUUAAAGAUCAUCCUCGAGAAAGUACGAUCCUAUUUAACCAAACUGUCCAAAUCAAAAAACUUAACGAUUGUGGAAAAGCAAAAGCUCAAUACUUAUUACGGUUCAAAAUGGAUAAAAUGUCCUCGCCAUGCAUGUUUCUACUUCCAUGAGGGGUUUCCUGAUGAAUCUAGUCGUGAUAAGCAUCUUCUACGACACGAGAAGCCCUUCUUAUGCACAGAUCUAAGUUGCCUGAGGAAACAUUGGGGAUACAGUACCGAGAAAGAACUCAAAAGACACAUGUUAUUAGAGCAUCCCGAUCCAGCAGCUUUCGGAGGUAAAUUUCCAAAGGUCAAGAAAGAACCAGUGAAGCAUCAAUGUAAUAUAUGCGGAAGCUCAUAUACAAGGUCAUCAGGUCUAAAAAUACACCAACGAAAACAUGAUGGAAUAAAACCAUUCAAGUGCGAAUUUCCUGGCUGUCCAGCGGCAUUUUUGAGGAGAUGGGAUCGUGAUAGACAUGCGAGGUCUACUCAUUCAGGAGUGGGAAAUGCUAGUGGAUCACAAUCACCACAAUCUACGCCAGUUCAAAGUCUGCCAUAG